UGUUUCUAAAGCUGUAUUUCUCCUGCAGCUGUGUGGCAUCGGACGUGUGGGAGGAUGAGGCGUGUGCAGCGCUAACAGAAGAGCAGAGGCAGUACCUCACCCUGUAGUCCGUCUCCUUCAGUUGCUAAGAGGGUUCCUUCUCACAACUCGUCCAAAAUCCUCCAGAGCUAAAAUAAAAAAAAAAAAAAAAAAACUGUUUUGCUUUCAUUUUAAAAUGUCAAAAAGCGAGUCUAUAUAUCAAAAGUACAUUUGUGUCUGUGUGUAAAAGAGAAAAAUAAUAUUUUGAUCUGGUGCGAAUCAUUGUGUGAUAAACAUUAAUCCUAUUGUCACUAUGGUGUCAGCCCGGGUCGGUGAUGGCCUCUGGUGAAAGUGGGUUUUAUAUCCUGGGAAGCUUUCCCAUUUUCCAUUAGACUUCACCAUCUUAAAAGAUGAAUACCUCCACUUCAGAGACUUUGAAAAUGGUGGUGUAAAAGCCAAGGAUAUCGCGGAAAUGGAGGCGAGUUGUGAAAGCAGUGAAAGUUAAAGGUGAAGGGAGACGCCAAUGCAUACGCGGUCAGUCCACAGCUUCUCCACGAUAUACUCCUCUCCCUACCUGGAUAUGACUUGAUAUGACUUGGAGAUGACCCAGAGUGCUCUUUCCAGUUAAUAAGAUUAUGCUGAACUGGAAACUACCCCAACCGGACUCUUCGCUGUCAUGAGGCGUCUUCUCCUCGCCUUCCUCUUCUCCACUUUUAUUCUCUUAUCCUAUACCGCUGCUUCUGUUGUUGGAGGCAGGGGCGGGGGAAGAAGUCGUCCCGGCGGCCAUCAUGAUGAGUCCCAGAUGUCACAAUCAGAGGCGCCGUGGGGAGCAAAAUUAUCAGAAGCCCCGACCGAUGACACCCAUCUCCUGACCAGCAUGCUUCAGACUUCGCACAAAGAAAUCCAUUUAGACGACUCGUCGUCUCCCGCUGUUCCCUCCGCCACCGUACCGAACGCCAGCUCCACCAGACGCCUCUUCCCUACGGCGAGAAAGGAAACCUCAACCGCGAUUUCGUCCUCCAGUAUUUCCUCCCUCACCAACGAGACACGCCCUACAGAAAAUGUGCAUCAAACAUCCGCCAAACCAAAUGUCCAGAUGCCUCCCGACACUGCCGCCGUUGCCCUGAAGAACUCAACCCCAGUGUACCGCCUAGGAGCUGUCUUUGAGCCGGAACACAUCCAGAGCCUCUCCUCCGUUUUCUUCCAGUCGCUCCAAGAACAGAAUCGCCUCAUCGGUGGCGCCUACCGCUUAGAGGGCGUCGUCAUAGAAACACCUGCACUCACUGUCAACGCUCUCAAGGGUGCUUGCGAGACCUUGAAACUUGAGAGUGUGGGCGUGGGCGUGGCGGUGGGAGUGACGCAAAGUAUCUAUGCCUCUGGCACCCUGGCAUCCCUGGCCGGGGUGCCCCUCAUUGCCAGGUCCAUCAAGGGAUACAGGGACGAAACACUAAAGACCUUGCUGCCAGACCUGGUUGUUGCCAACCCACGCCUCUCCGACCUGUGGGAAGCCGCCACCUCAUUCAUCUCCGCCCUGGAAUGGUGCCAGCCAAUCCUUAUCCACGAUGAUUCCCCCCAGGCCCUGCAGCUGGCCCACAUCGCCUCCCGCGAUGACACCUACGACACCAUGGGCCUCUCCCUUUCCGCCAGCCUGCCCCGACACCACUUCCAGAACCGGCUGGGCGGCAUUCUCCACACGGUGCGCAGGCUCAUCUUCGUGUCCGGCACAGUCAACUUCGUUAAGGUGGUGUUUAGCCACGGUAGCGACCUGGACAUGUUUAAUGGGGAGUACAUCUGGAUCUUGCUGGACGUGCCCCUUCCCGGUAACCUGUCGGAGUUCCUGCGUCCCGGCCUCCUCAGUCUUCGCCCAGACUUCCUAAGAACCCCUAAAAAGCAGCUGCUUAUAAACUUUGUUAAAUCGUCAAUAUCUGUGAUAUCGGAGUUUUUCAAAGAUACCACCGUGGCCUCGUCAGCGUUGCUGGCGACGUCAGCGCCUGUACAGUGUCAAGUGCCUUACAGAAAUCUGUCCACGAGUCAAUCUGAAUUACACAGACAACUUAAGGAGAAGCUAGCAACAAGCAGAAUAUCUAAGAGAUCCUUACCGGGUCUGACUCCAUUUUUCUACGUGGAGAACCUCGUGCCAAAGAAAACAGGUGUGGGUACCCAGUGGACGCGAGUGGGUUACGUGAACGGGUCGGAGGUCCAAAUCAACGCUAUCUUCUGGCCGGGGCGAGGGUACAAGGGAGUCUCAGAGCAGAACAAAAGGUUAAGGGUGGUUCUGGCAGAGGCUCCUCCCUUCGUCAUGACCUCUGCGCUCAUAGAGAACGCAACGUGCCUCCUAGGGGUCGUCUGCCUCAGGGUCUUCUCGACGGAGGUGGCGGCGAUCUUCGCUGACAUGGAGAGAGAUGUUGUGAACGCUUCCAGGGGCUACGAGGUCGUCUGUUGCAGUGGCCUCUCAGUCGACCUCAUGAUCAAUGUCGCCACGGACCUUGAGAUCGAGAUCCAGGUGUACCUAGUGAUGGACGGUACCUUCGGUGCCCCGCGUAGCACGGGAUGGACGGGCAUCGUGGGGGAUCUACUGGACGGCUCGGCCGACCUAUCCUUUGCUCCUAUCUCAGUCACUGCUCAGCGAGCUAGACACCUCGACUUCUCCGAUCCUUACUUCUUCUCCUCCAUGUCCAUACUUUCCUCUACCAAGUAAGUGGCCAACUUAGCUUCAUUCGGUAUUCUUAUUAUAUUAUCUCCUUAUAAACACACAUUGUCGUAAGUUUUGGUAAUGGAGACAACAGAUGCUUUGAUGCUGUUGAAGAGUUCGUUGAUACGAAAUAUUAGAGGAAUCCUUCCAUUUCCUCGGAUCCAGUCUGAAAACCUCAUAGCCUUCAAACGUCGCAUGACUUUCACUGAUUUAGCUAUUUCCAAAUGAGAAAAAUUAAGUAAUGGAAAAAAAAGAUUCUCCAGACAUUACCAAUCUUCACAGAUGAGCCUUUUUUUUUUUUGAUUGGGACUUUCCGAUAUCCCAAAUUCUUCCAGAUGAGACUUCACGAUGUGACAAUGCAUCUACAUAUUAUUUCCCUAAGGUGUGACCUCCCGUUAUCCCUAAUUUUUAAAGAUAUUGCUGCAACGAAAAUGGGAAAUAUUAUUAGUAAUGCCUUCCAAUACCUAACCAAACCCGUGUAAAGAUAUAUGCAGGAAUUAGUGAUGUUGCCAUAGACCCCUCACUACCUCACAGAGCUACUCUUCCAAGCCCACACAGGCCGUCACGUGCAUUCAUUCGACGGGGCAUUCUGAAGUCAACAGAUUCCUGAU